UUCAUAUAGGCGCCACCAGUUUUUUAUACUGACAUUUACUGCUUGUAAAGGAAAUCUUCAAUGCCCGCCUUCGCCUUGCUAACUCAAGUUUAAUUCAUGCAUUGUGCGUCCAGUUUGACACAAACAAAACCAGGAGAUGAUAUCAAAAUCAAUAACCCACAUCGUAAACAGAACUGAAAUAUACCGAAUCGAAGAGGCUUGUUCGCGGCUUAUUUCAUUAUGCAACUCCAAGUCUUUCAAGGAAGGUUUAUGCAUUCACAGCCCAAUUAUUAAGUUGGGUCUGCAAGAUAAUUUAUACUUGAACAAUAAUUUGCUUUCCCUUUAUGGGAAAUGCUUCGGAGUAGACAAUGCCCGCCACUUCUUUGAUGAAAUGCCUCAGAAAGACGUUGUUUCUUGGACUGGAAUCUUGACUGCUUAUGUUAAGUACAGAAAACAUUACGAGGCACUUGAAUUGUUUUAUUCUAUGAUGAUUUCAGGACAAUAUCCCAAUGAGUUUACUUUAUCGAGUGUCUUGAAAUCGUGUUCUGCUUUUGGUGAUUUCAACUAUGGAACUCGGGUUCAAGCCUAUGUUAUCAAACAUGGGUUUCAAUCAAAUCCCAUUUCGAGCAGUGCUUUGAUCGAUUUAUACUCCAAAUGGGGUUUCACUGAUGAAGCUUUUAAGUUGUUUGCUUGUAUGGAGAAUGGUGAUACUGUUUCAUGGACUGCAAUGAUCUCUUUGUUUGUGAAAGAGCGAAAGUGGAGCCAGGCUUUGCAGUUUUAUGUUCAUAUGCUUGAGGCAGGUGUUCAUCCAAAUGAGUUCACUUUUGUGAAAUUUUUAGCUGCUUCAUGUUUUCUUGGUUUAAGUUAUGGAAGACUGGUUCAUGGUCACAUGAUAGUUUGGGGAGUGAAGAUGAAUGUGGUGUUGAAAACUGCCCUGGUUGAUAUGUAUUCGAGAUGUCGGAGGAUGGAAGAUGCUAUCAAGGUCUCAAAUUUGACGCCUGAAUAUGAUGUGUUGUUGUGGACUACCAUUAUAUCUGGGUUUACUCAGAACUUGAAGUUUAGAGAGGCUGUUGCUGCAUUUCAGGAUAUGGAGGUUUGUGGAGUGGCACCAAAUAACUUCACGUAUUCUAGUAUCUUGGGUGCAUGCUCGUCAAUUCUGUCUUUGGAUCUGGGAAGACAGAUUCAUUUGCGAGUGAUUAUGGCUGGAUUGGAGGAUGAUGUCUCUGUUGGAAAUGCACUUGUUGAUAUGUACAUGAAGUGUUCCAAUGUGAUUGAAAAUGGCUUGAGAGCAUUUAGAGCAAUAACCUCACCUAAUGUCAUAUCUUGGACCUCUUUGAUUGCUGGCUUUGUAGAACAUGGUUUUCAUCGACAAGCUUUUCAACUUUUCACAGAGAUGCAGGCUUCAGGAGUGCAACCAAAUUCCUUUACACUCAGUAGUAUCCUCAGGGCCUGCAGUACAGUAGAAUUUGCAAGCCAGCUAUUGAAAAUCCAUGGAUAUGUUAUUAAAACAGAAGCAGAUAAUGAUAUAGUCAUUGGGAAUGCUUUAGUAAAUGCUUAUGCUGGGUUGGGAUUAGCAGGUGAUGCAUGGCAAGUGAUUAGCAUGAUGAGUCACCGAGAUGCCACCACAUACACAAGUUUAGCCACAAGAAUGAAUCAGACGGGUCAUCAUGAAGUGGCAUUGAACAUCAUAUCUCACAUGUUUAAUGACAAUGUCAAGAUGGAUGGAUUUAGCCUGGCCAGCUUCAUAGCUGCAUCAGCAAGCUUGGCUGCGGUGGAAAUUGGAAAGCAACUUCACUGCCAUUCCAUGAAAUCUGGAUUAGUGACCUGGAUUUCAGUUUCAAAUAGCCUAGUUGACUUCUAUGGGAAAUCUGGAUCCUUAUCUGAUGCACGCAUAGCUUUCAAGGAAAUAACUGAGCCAGAUGUCGUGUCAUGGAAUGCUUUGAUAUCCGGAUUGGCUUCAAAUGGACAAAUCUCCUCUGCACUCUCAGCUUUUGACGAUAUGAGGUUAGCCGGAGUCAAUCCUGAUUGGGUUACAUAUUUGUUAGUGCUUUCUGUUUGUAGUCAAGCUGGGUUGGUUGACUUGGGUCUUGAGUAUUUCCAGUCUAUGGAAAAACUGUAUAAUUUAGUGCCACAAUUUGACCACUAUGUCCGCUUAGCUGAUCUUCUUGGACGGGCAGGCAGGCUAGAAGAGGCAAUGGGUGUGCUACAAACUAUGCCUUUUAGGCCAGAUACUCUGAUCUACAAAACAUUACUUGGCGCAUGCAAGAUGCAUAAGAAUGUACCUCUUGGGGAAGAUAUAGCAAGGCGAGGGCUAGAACUUGAUCCCUCAGAUCCAGCAUUCUAUGUGCUGCUUGCAAGCCUGUAUAAUAAUACUGGGCAUUCUGAUCUAGCUGUGAAUACUCUCCAAAUGAUGAGAGAAAGAGGUUUGAUGAAUCGUGAUGCAAGCUUAAAGGAUUAUGGUAAGAAGAUUCAUCUCUCAGUUGCAGGACAUGAUGAAGAUGGCGUUCAUGAAGAAAAUAGAUUGAGCUAUUACAGAGUUUAAGAAUCACAUAUAUCAAUACAAAGACUACUGACAUGGACUCUGAGGAGCAUUGUGAGCCAUGGAAAACGAUUCCAUUUCUUGAUGAUGAAUGCCUAUGCAAGGAUCAGUGGUAGUCUGUACUCUGGAACUAACUUUUCAAGAACUUGGGGAUCAUUUCCCAGUCAGGUUAACACUGAUAUUAUCUCUUUCUCCACUUCUCCAGUUUGGACAAGGCCAUUUUCUUUCACGAGGAGAAAUGGGAAAAGAGUUGUGAGAUGUUCAACAGUUUGGCAGCUUGAAUCGAAGCUGAUGGGUAUUGUAUCAAUCAUUCUAAAUGGCCGGGCUUAUUAAGUUUCAAGAGGCUUUAGCCCCUGUAAACCUUUGGAAAAUUCGUUGCUCGUUCUGAAUUACAUGUUCUGUUUUGGCGUCCUAAGUUGAUGAGUUCUGCAACGGUAAACAAAUGAAGCCCAAUCCUCCAUGUUUGACUUCAAUGAAAGUAGUUUGUACUAAAAGAUUCUUCACACUAUGGAGAAUACGCCUUCCUGCA